AUGUGCUCUACAAAAAUGCUCCAGAACCGACCAAGACGUUGUCAAAUCUGUUCCCCUCAUCCUAGCAGUCUUUUACUUGACUUGACUCCAGAUGACGUUGAAGAUCCGACUCCAGGGAUUCGCAUAACACAUCUUCUAGUUAUGGAGAAACCAUCUGGAAGAGGAUUGCACUGGAGAAAUGAGUCCGAACAGCAAACGAUAGAAAAUCUAAUUCUAAUCUUUGACAACCCAAAUGUGAUAGUUCGAGAGAUGAUCUUUACAGUAGAUGGGAAUCCAGCAAAAUUCUUCGAGAACCUUCUGAAACGUAUCGGACACCGGAAGUUACACGUGGAGAAGCUAUUCUGGUCUUGUGUCGAGUUGGCUAUCAACCCGAAGCAAUUAGAAAACUGCUUGAAAUUUUUCAAUUUGUUCGAUUCGACAACUUUAAAGAAGCUGGAACUCAACUUUUCACAUAAGGGGUUGAUUGCGGAAUUAAUGAAAACGACUCAAUUUCAAGGAUUGGAAGAGGAGAUUUUUAUAAGAUCAGAGAUUGAGAAAGAAAUGUUGGAAAAUGUGUUUCAUUCGGAGAAAGUGAAAAUUCAACUGGAAGAAGUUAUUGCGGAGGACCUCAAAAGGGCUAUAGAGGUAUUCCAAACCAAGAAGCCGGGAUCCUAUUUCAAACUAUCUACCACUGAGAUCCAGGUGGAUUUGGAUAAGAUUCUAGCGAUUUUCGAAUCGAUGCCAGACAAUUCUCCAGUUCCAACAAAUUGA